AUGCUCUCUCUCGCCCGCCUAGCAGCGAGGCCAGUGAGCGUACACGCAUCCCUGCGUCGUCCCGCGGCAUCCCUCUUCAACACCACUACCACAACAUCCACAUCCACAGCGCCCCGCUUCUACAGCGACGAGAAGCGUCGUCUGCGCGAUUCCGUCGUCCAAGGAAGCAGCCGCGGUUUGGCCAACAGGGACCAGCUUGACAUGCUGCUCGACUCGGACCGUAGCAUUCUGCCGUCCCGCCGCUCAUCCGCUACGGGCGCCGCCUUGUCCGACUACCAGAGCGGUGGCUCGUUGAUUCGCGAGCCGUACCGAGACGGCGGCGACCGCCCUCGUUCGUUUGACAGGGAGCGCCCUCGUUCGUUUGACAGGGAUUCCCGCGGUGGUCGCUUUGACAGCCGUCGUGGAGACUCGCGUAACUCUCGUCGCGGCCAGGUUGACUCUCGCGGCUCGCGCAGCAGCGGUGGCGGCAGCAGCAGCGGCAGGUUUGACCGCGACCGCCAGGGCCACGAUGAUGCUCGUGGACAAGGCCGCGAUGAUGCUCGUGGAAAAGGCCGCAACGUUCGCGGAAAGCAAGAGGCCGGCGUCGCUCAGGGCGAGGCUACGCCGUACAUGACCUCGCUCAAGAUCAAAAAGUGGAUUGAUCGCCACGUCCAGCCCAUCUCAUUCGACGAGAGCGAGCAGGUGAUUAGGAUGGUCGAGGAGACUCCCAGCCACGCCGUCAACGCUGCCGUGUACAACCUUGUGUUUGCCCUGCUGGGCCGCAGCAAGAGGUACACCCGCAUGUGGAAGGUUUACAACAGCAUGAAGAAGCGUUUUGUGAAACCUACGUCGAGGACGUACACGACCUUGCUCAACGCCUACGCCGGUGUGGCUCACUCGGACAGCUACACUGAGCACUUUGUUCCGGGCAACCGCCCCGAGCCGCUCACCCUUGAGCGCGUGCGUGCCAUCUACGCGUCAUCUCAAAAGCACAUCCAAGCAUGCAAGACCAAGAUUCAAAAGCAAAGUAUCCAAGAGGAAGUGGGUGUGAGCUACCCGCAGAGCAAUCCCGAGCCCGACGUUCUCAACCAAGAGGAAGAGUCGAUCACCAAGGCCAUCAACAUCUUGCCCACCAACGCCUACCUCAAGUUCCUUGGCCGCUUCGGAUACUGGGAGGAGAUGGAGCGCGUGUUCCUCGCCAUGGACCGCGAGGGCCCGCUUUCCCCAGACCAGGUCACGUACUGGGCCAUGCUCAAGGCCGCACAGAACAUUCACACGUUUGAGCGGUUGCAAAAUGACCGUAUCACAAAGCAUCAGGCGUCCGGUAUCACUCUCAAGCCUGUCAAGCUCCCCACCAUCAACUUUGGCGCGACGGUCAGGUCGUACUGGGAGCAGGCCAUCCGCCAGCUUCGUCACCGCCCCGCAGACUACCGCAAGAUUGACCCCGAGCUUGCCAUCCUCGUGGUCGAGUGCCUCAGCGUCGCUCGCCCCGAGGACAAGCGCCUCGCGCAGGUGCUCGUCCCGCGCCUCUGGGGUCUUCCUUCGGCCACCCAGCCCGAGGUCGCGUCCAGCAGGAGGCCGGACGGGCGCGCCGACUUUAGCUUGCUCCCCAAGGUUUACGAGACGCUCCCCGUGUUCCGCAUUGACGUUCGUAUCGCCACCACCUUGCUCACCCUCUACCGCCGUGCCAAGGACAAGGAGCAGUCGCGCUUCUACACGCACUUUUUCCUGGAGCACGAGGAGCUCCGGAAGGACUUUGACAUGGGCUUCAUGCGCGCGGCGACGCUGGCGCUCGCGGCCGCCGACGACAUCACCGGCGUCCAGGCUAUCAUGGACUCGUACCAGCCAUCGUCGGGCAAGGGCGGCUGGCCGCUCGAGGUUUGGAACGCGGCGCUCAGCGCCGCCCGCUGGUCGGGCGACUGGGACGCGGCGCUCGCCGUGUUCCGGCGCAUGACCCAUCUGCCCCCCGGCGUCGAGACGAGCAAGGGCGCCUCGGGCGAAUGGACCUUCAAGUCCCCCAACGGCCGCCCCGUCGACGCCCGCGGCGUCCCGUGGGUGCAGGCGCACCCCAUCGUCCCCGACCCCACCACGAUGGCCAUCCUCUUCAAGGCCGCGAUCGCGUGCGGCGAGCGCCCCACGCGCCAGGUCUUGCGCAUCUACAACCACUUUGGCGCCGAGUACUGGAACACGAUCGUGCACCACCUCAUCCGCGGCCCGAGCCGCGCCCGCGUCGGCGAGCAGAUCCUCGACCUGCGCACCAAGCAGGCCGCGGUCCCCGUGCGGCCGCUCACGAGCCUCACGCGCCACCUCAUCGCCGACCGCGUCGAGCUGGCAAAGGACGUCGAGACGGCCGCCCAGCGCAUCGUCUACGCCACGACCGACGAGCUCGAAAAGGAGACGACGGGGCUCCUCCGCGACCGCAGCAAGAUCUUUGUCAAGUACUGGUCCGAGUUCCUCUCCGGCAAGACUCAGCACCGCCGGGACACGCGGGACGGUGACGUCGAGGAGGGUGAGGGUGAGGGUGAGGGCCGCGAGGCUCUGGAGGGCGAGGAGGGCGAUGGCGAGGGCGAGUUUGAGGGCGAGGACAGGGCCCCGCGGUACCGCCGCGACAGCGAACGUCCCGACCGUUCGCGCUUCCAGGGCAGCGACCGCCGCGAGGGCGGUGACCGUUCGUCUUACCGCAACGACCGCGAGGGUGGCGAGCGGAGGUUCCAGUCGCGUGACGGUGGCGAGAGGAGAUUCCAGUCCCGCGACAACGGUAACCGGCCCUCCUUCCGCAACGACCGCAACGAUCGCAACGACCGCGACGGCGGUGAACGCCGUUUCCAGCCCCGCAACGACCGUAACGGCGGCGGCGACCGUGCUUCGUGGAUGAGCCGCGGCAAGCAGCCGCGCUACGACCGCCGCCGGGAGCCCGACGCCGUCGACCGCCACCAGGAGCGAGGUGCGCGCUUUGACCGCGGCGGCGAGCGCGAGACCCGCGAGAGGGAGGGCGACGAGUAG